CUAGAAGAGAUGGAGGCUGAAAUGGCUCUUUUUGAGCAGGAGGUUCUUGGCGGACCAGUACCAGUGACGGGAAAUACACCUGUCAUCGAGGCCCUGCCUAUGGCUCUGGCUGUUCCAGCUGUUCAAGUCGUGCGACCAAUCAUAGGCACCAACACCUACAGACAGGUCCAACAGACAUUAGAGGCCAGAGCUGCCAGCUUUGGAGGUCCACCACCUCCAACCUUUGUGGGACCAGUCCCACCUCUUCGCCCACCACCUCCUCCAAUGAUGAGACCUGCCUUUGUCCCACACAUCCUGCAGAGACCUGCCGGUCAGAGGUUGCAAAUGAUGCGUGGUCCUCCCAUGGCACCUCCUCUGCCCAGGCCUCCUCCCCCUCCACCUAUGAUGCUCCCUCCUACCCUGCAGGGCCCGACGCCUCAAGGGCCGACCCAAUCCAUUCAGCACAUGCCCCCUACACCUCAGGCCUCUGAUAUGGUCUCUGUGGUCUCAGGCCCACCAAGACCACAGGGACCCCUUCCACAGGUCAAACCCCCACAGUCUGUCAUCCAGGCAGCACCCACCGUAUACUCUGCGCCUCCUGCUCCAGCCGGAAAUAGGAGGAUAGAUGUUCGUGCUCAGAGGCAAGCCAGGAUGGAAGAGCUGGCGGCUCGUGUCGCAGAGCAGCAGGCAGCGGUUAAAGCUGCAGGUCUGCUGGACAAGAAGGACAGUGACGACAUCAGCAGUAGCAGCAGCGUGAUAGGGCCCAGCAUGCCUGAGCCGGAGCCCGUUCACAGUGAGCCUGUGGAAAACACCUCAGAGGACAAGAAGAAAACAAAAUCGGAGAAAAUGAAGAAGUGCAUCCGUACAGCAGCGGGAGUCUCCUGGGAGGAUGCCAGUCUGCUGGAUUGGGAAUCAGAUGACUUUCGCAUAUUUUGUGGUGAUCUGGGCAACGAGGUCAACGAUGACAUACUGGCCAGAGCUUUCAGCAGAUACCCGUCUUUUCUCAAAGCUAAGGUGGUGAGAGACAAACGUACAGGAAAGACCAAAGGCUACGGUUUUGUGAGCUUCAAGGAUCCAAACGAUUACGUCAGAGCCAUGAGAGAGAUGAACGGAAAAUAUGUCGGCAGUCGGCCCAUCAAACUGCGGAAGAGCAUGUGGAAAGAUCGCAACAUGGAUGUGGUUCGCAAGAAACAGAAAGAGAAGAAGAAACUGGGGUUAAGAUAAAAGUAUGUGUGUCUUAAAUAUUUUCAGACGUGAGCGCCAGAUUAUAUCUAAGGAAUGAAAACUGUACAUUAACUAGAGUUUGCUUUUAAACCAGUUCACAUGUACAACAACAGACUCAUAGAUCUCUCACUGUGAUUAAUCUGCAUAGUCUUAUCAGAGCAUCAUGUUGCAGAAAACAUGAAUUUACAGACCUAGGUGCAUGUCUGAAAAUGUGUGCGUGUUAAGUGCCCCAUAGUGUCUCUAGUAUCAGUGAUCAUUUCUUCUUCUUGCCAUCUUGAAUAAAACAAAUAUUUCUAAGUUUUAA